UUUAAAGGUUAUCCAAAGUGUGUGCACACCUACCCAGGUCGUGUUGCCAGCUCUGUCUCGUAUUACACACACAUUCCAAGUCUCCUUUUCACCUUUAAUUGCAGGCCUAAAGGACGGGAGUGGCUCUGGGUGACCUCAGGGUGCGCCCUGAGCGGCUGACACGCAGAGCUGCGCACUGAUCGAGAGGGUGAGCGCAUAGGUGGGAUCAUCUGGGACAAUGGGUGUGUAGCGACGGAACAGACAAAACAACCUAAGAGGAACCUCUCCUACACUUGUUUUUAUUUCAUUGCUGUAAUAAAAUAGGAUGUCUAAGCGAGUCCGACCCGGCUACUACCGCCAAGAAGUCAACAAAACGUCAUGGGAAGUACCGGAGCGGUACCGGGAGCUGAAGCAGGUGGGGACCGGAGCUUACGGGACGGUCUGCUCAGCAGUGGACUCCAGAACAGGAACUAAAGUGGCCAUCAAGAAGCUGUACAGACCUUUCCAGUCGGAGCUCUUUGCCAAGCGGGCCUACAGGGAGCUGAGGCUCCUCAAACACAUGAAACAUGAAAAUGUGAUUGGCCUGUUCGAUGUGUUUACUGCUGACCUCUCUCUGGACAGACUCCAUGAUUUUUACCUGGUGAUGCCAUUCAUGGGGACCGACCUGGGGAAGAUAAUGAAGCUGCAGAAGCUGUCCGAAGAGAAAAUUCAGUAUUUGGUUUAUCAGAUGCUCAAAGGGCUCAAGUAUAUUCAUUCUGCUGGUAUAAUUCACAGGGACCUCAAACCAGGAAAUCUCGCCAUCAACCAAGACUGUGAGCUCAAGAUCCUGGACUUUGGUUUGGCUCGGCAGGCGGACAGCGAGAUGACGGGGUACGUGGUGACUCGAUGGUACAGAGCCCCAGAGGUCAUCCUGAGCUGGAUGCGCUACACUCAGACUGUGGACAUUUGGUCUGUGGGCUGCAUCAUGGCAGAGAUGCUGCAAGGAAAACCUCUUUUUAAAGGCAGCGACCACCUAGAUCAGCUGUCUGAGAUCAUGAAGCUCACAGGAACGCCAACUCAGGAAUUUCUAUCAAAACUAGAAUCUGAGGAUGCCAAAAGCUACAUCAAAACCCUUCCAAAAUCUGAAAAGAAGGACCUUCAGAAGGUGUUUUCCUCAACCAAUCCAGAAGCCGUGUCUGUGCUGGAGCGCAUGUUACUGCUGGAUCCGGAGUGCAGGGUAACCGCCGCAGAGGCCCUCAUUAUGCCUUACUUCACUGAGUACAGAGAACCAGAGGAUGAGACGGAAGCACAGCCGUACGACCACUCGCUAGACAACACAGACCAGUCCCUGGACCAGUGGAAACGUCACACCUUCACAGAGAUCUUGACUUUCAAACCAGUUGUGCCAGAUUCCAAGGAGACCUCACUGUAAGACACAAGGAUGUGCAGCGUGGGACCAGAACAAACUAACAUGUCUUUUUUUAUCUUGAUCUCAACUGGGAAAACUCUUUGAUCACCAGGCUUAAUGUGGAUCCAGUUCACAAUUAUCUCUCUCUAAGUGCAAGCUGUCAUGUUUUGGAUUUGUCUCUCAGCAUCAUUUUGGUCCAAUAGCUCACUCCCUGACUUUAGCAUCAGCAUGUCCUACAGCAGUCCAGUCUCACGCCAAAGUGUGUAAUAAAUCCACCUGUCCACCGGAAGAAAGAGUGUCACUUCCAUGUUUUGUCUCACCGAGGGGUGUAAAUUAAAUGCCUGCAUGAAGGUGCAGUCUUAUGAAGUGACGGUUGUCAUGUGACGUUUGUCACGUGUUUUCCGUACUCCAUACAAAGCUCAGAGCUAGUGACGUAGUAUAAAAGUUAGAAAGUCCACUUAUGGUGGGUGGGUGGGAAGGUGGAAGGGUUCAACAAACACAGGAUCUUCAGCUAGAAAGCC